ACUAAAAUCUGUGCUUACUGAACUUAAGAUUACAUUUUAUUUUUUAAAACCUUAAACAGAAAUGACAAACCGCCUAACUUCAAUAGACACAAUGCCUAACUUAGAGGUUCUAAAUAGGUACAGGCUUGACAAAGGUGGAAUAAGGUUUUUGGAGCAGUUAUUGUAUAACAAGAUUCAACCCCUGGCCAGGAGAAAUAACAGUUUGUCUGUCAGAGACAAGAUUUUGGUAACUCUGAGGUACUUGGCCACCGGACCCAUUCAGCUUAAUGAUGCUGACAUACAUGGUGUAAGUCAGCCUACAGUUAGCAGAGUUGUGACUGAGGUAGUCUCAGCUUUAAGCAGUCCAGACAUUGUUGGACAAUUUAUCAAAUUCCCUUGCACCAGAGAGGAACUGAUUAAAAAUCAACAAGAAUUUUAUGGCAUUGCCAAAUUCCCUAAAGUUGUAGGUGUGAUUGACGGCACACACAUAAGAAUACAGGCACCUGCAAAUAAUGAAGAGCUGUAUGUUAACCGGAAAGGCUUUCAUUCCUUGAAUGUUCAGCUAGCAUUUGAUCCCUUUGAUCAGAUCAUAGAUGUAGUGUGUAAAUGGCCUGGAUCUGUUCAUGACAGCAGGAUACUACAACAAAGUGGCUUAACAAACAAUAUUUGAAGGAGGACACAUGCCAGUGGGACAGUACCAUCUGCUGGGAGAUUCAGGCUAUCCAUGUAAGAAAUGGUUGCUCACACCAUUUAUAAAUCCCCAAACUAGUGGUGAAAUUGGAUACAACAGGAGUCAUAAAAUUACAAGGGCCAAAGUAGAACGUGGAAUUGGACAGCUGAAGCGGAGAUUUGGAGUUUUGCAUCGAGAAGUGUCAUUAAAGCCUGAAAAAGUUUGCAAAGUAGUACUAGCAUGUGCAGUGUUACAUAACAUUUGCAAGAGGCUAAACAUUCAAAUGCCAUUACAAGAUGAUGAUGAUGACAAUGAUGAUAACAGUAAUGCUCAAGACAAUACAAUCAAUGGAAACAAUGCUGCUUUUCAGAAUGGUCUAAGAUUCAGAGAUCAUAUAGUACAGACAUACUUUUGAUGAUAAUUGUCUCAUACUUGAACAGUCUAAACAUUGGCACUUUGCGCAAGAUGUUGAUGUUGAUGGAAGACUUCUUUUUGAUGUUUUCAGCCCCACUAGAUCUACCUCACUGUCAUGAUCCGAUAACAUAAUUUCUGUUAUAC